UGCAAGUGUCAAGAAAAAUAUUUCAGCACUGGAGCUGUCCACGUUAGCAUUUUGACGGACUCUUGUCACUCUUAUUACGGAUAGGUAAUUCGUGUCACAUUUGCAGUAUAUAUUUGUGAAAUCCAGGCUAUUUUGAGUAGGCUAAACGCGUACUUUUCAUUCAAUCGAAGCCUUGCAAUGCUGGGUAGCUGUUCGUGAGACACAAGGAAAAAAAGUCCCAAAUCGCGGUGGAGAGUUGUCCGAUUUUAUCUCAGUAAUGGGAGUGCUCAUGUCUAAGAAGCAGCAGGUGCAGAAAUGCACCUCGGUCGUCUCUGCCUUUCAGCAGGGCAUGAAGGAACGUGCUCCAACCACAACAAACCAGGGGGAAAGAUCUGGAGAGGGGCCGGCUGAAUCCUUGCCACCCUCAAAUCCAAAGGAGGAGGGGGAACACGGGGAGGCAGACGGCAAAGUGGGGCCCUCGGGGACCUCCCAGCAAGCUGCUGCUCCAGGUCCGGCUCCCACCAGGGACGAGUGUAAGGUCAACCAGGAGGCCUGGAAUAGGUUACGGGAUGGGAAGGGGGUGGAACCUGAGGAUCUGGACAAGACCGGCCAUCAGCUCAUCCCACCUGCAUUUGUACGUCCCAAGAGAGAUGCCAAUGAUGACCAGCCUGUUGAAAUAGCACUGGGACAGAGAGAGCAGCCGGUCAAUGAUGAGAUGUGCGAGGUGUGUGAGGUGUGGACGGCCAACGACCUGUUCCCCUGCAGGACCUGCACACGAGUCUUCCAUGACGGCUGUCUGAGGGAGUUGGGCUACCUGCGCACCGAACUCCUGCAGGAGAUGAGGGAGACAGCACACACUUCGACAGGCUGGAGCUGCUACUACUGCGACAAUGUGAACCUGCUUCUGACUGAAGAGGAGAUGUACAGCCUAAUGGAAACCUUCAAGCAGUGCAAGAUCAUCCCUGAGUCGUGCCUGGUGUCAGAUGAGCUGCUGCAGUACCGACACUUUGUGUCCAAGCAACUGUUUGAGAAGGACCUGUCUGAUGAGCAGGAAGAGGAGGUACUGGCUCAGUUCGCUGCCCUGGACUCAGAGAAGAGUGGCCAGAUUGAGUGGUCUGACUUCCUAUACCAUGAGUCCCUGGGAGUGCUCAGGAAGUUCCGCACAGAGAACUCGUUGGUGCGUCUGUUGAGCGCUAAGGAGAGAGACCACGUGCGGUCAGUGUUCGUGGGUUUGGACCUGGAUAAAGAUGGUGUGGUCACGGGAGCAGAGACCCGCUGGGCCCAGCAGUCCUGGUUUCAGAAGUUCAGCAAGGAGUCCCAGUCCUGCAACGUGAGUAUUAGCCACGUUGGCCCCAUAUCUGAGAGCAGUCCAGCCAGCUCCAGCAGUGAGAGAAGCAGUCAGAAAGAUGACAACAGACCAGUGAGCUGGGAAGACUUCCUGAGGGAGAGUGCCAUCUACAUCCUGGCUGCACGGCCCAACAGCUUGGCCAUGCACAUCCGCCUACCACUAUAGCCCACGAGACCUCACCCUGCCUGGGAGAGCAUAUACCAUGGCACUAUAGGGGACAAACCUGAGCAAAUAGAGGAAUACUGCACCACUAAGAGACUGGACAGAACAAGCCAUCAACAGAUCUCCUGCUUCACACCACCGAUCAACAACCACCGAUCAACGACCCACUGACACCAACAACCCACUGACACCACCGAUCAACGACCCACUGAAAACAACAUUCAAUGACCUACAAGUACUUACUGACAGUAAAAUGACAACACAAGCUGACAACUCACUUGUUAUAGACACUCAUGAAACACUAAGGAUAAAAAGGCAACGGGCCAUUUUCACACACAAGCCAACAAUUCAGUGGUGCUUUGAAGGCUCGGGGUAUCCCGGGAGGCUCACUUUCCCCUAAAUCAGUGCUUCACAACUCCGGUUCUUGAUUUCUCCCAACGGCACACAUUUUUGUUUUUGCCCCGGACAAAUUAAAUCAGAUGUUUUUGUCAAGCGCUUCAUGAUUAGUUGACAAGUAAAAUCAGGUGUGUUUGUCUGGGGCCACAACACAAAUAUGUACCUUUUGGUGUACUUGAGGACUGGAGUUGGGGAAACUAAAUGAUUACUUUAUACAUUCCAUUUGUCAUGUUACAGUCUAAGACACCUUUUGUGUGAUCAAUUUUGAAUUGGAUAAGAAUUACAUUGAUAGCAUAAGACUAUCACAUAACCUGCUAUUGGUUCAAGCAUCUUAUUUAGAUCAUCUUCUGUAUUGUAUCAUAAUUGUUGAAAGUAAAAUAGUAUCCCUGACAUUGAGGGAGAUUUUGAAGCCCCUUCAAAUCUUGGUUGAUGAACAGAUAGACUUCUGUGUUAAGACUGACAGCGCAACUGCUCCUGAUCAGCACAUGUACCAAACAGGAAUGAAAGCUAUGUGCAUACAUCAUAUUAUAUAUUGAGACAUAUACCAUAUAAGUAUAAUGACAUAUUAUUAUACAUUUAAAACACUAUUUAUUCUACCCUCCAUUUUUCCACUCGCUUGUUUAAGAUCCAUUUGUUAUCUUUAAGCGAAGACUAUGAUGAAGGUUGUGAAUUUGUUGUUGUAUUGGACACUAAUCCAGUAGCUGGGCCUGUUCGUUCACCUAUAAGUAUAUUUGCUCCUGUACUGUAGUAGCCUUCUACAACCACUGCACAUGACAAAGUGGAAUACUCUGCUGCUGCCAUUCUAGUAUUUUAUUUGAACACUGAAAUUUAGAAUUGUACAGCUUUUGAGGGUUAUUUCUUGGAAUUGAAAUCAUGGAUUUAAAAGGGAUCUCCGUAGGAUGAGGGAGGUUGGAGCCCACACAUUCGGCCUUCAUGAUACUUACAGUAGCAUUGCUUCAGACGACUUGUACAUGAACUGUGAAAUGUAUUGGCUUUAUGGAGUGGCAUUACAGUUUGGGUUAGUUAGGGGAACAUGUUGAUACAUUUUCCCAGGUGCUACAGUAUAUCAUGUUUAUGCUCAUGUAAUGAAGCUCUAAUGUCUGGUACUUGAAUGCUAAGAUGGUAAAGGCUGGGGAGUAUGUGACAGUGCUGAAAUAAAUGCAUGGCAUUAACCCUCCUAAUGGGCUCUAUGUAUUACGUGUUUCUUUGCUAAGUGUCUAAUGCUCAGGGAACAAACGUUAGUGUCUUUACUAGAUUCCAUUUGCUCUAUCCAGAUAAAUGUAAAUGUGUAAAACUGUAAAUAAAUGCCAAGUGUACUAUAUAGAUAAUGACUAACCAUUGUGUCCUAAGCAGCUCACUGGAGUGUUGUUGAGUGGAGUGGCUCAUUGAAACCCCUCAGGUGUUCAUGUGGCGCCAGUAUACGUGAAAGGCACAGAGUGAUCCACAUUAUUCCUGGCUGGGUGGUUUUCUAAGAAGCCCUACAUUGCGGUGGUGGGAGUAAAAUGGUUACUGCAAGUGGCUACUGCCACCAACACCACUGAACACUAUCCCCGGGAGUUUGUCAAGACUGCAAGACUGUUCUUCUGAAAA